AAAAAAUGUAUAGUUUUUAAGACAAAAAGGGAAUAAAACAAUGGCGGAAAUCGUCCAUUUUCACGGUUGGCCACCCCGCGGUGACGAAGCAGCAGAUACAACACAGAUCAGAGCGAAAGGGGAUUGAGCGAUCGCAACUCACUCUCUACCAAUGGCGGACUCGUCGGGAACCACGCUGAUGGAUCUGAUAACGGCGGACCCGACCCCAGCGCCGGCAUCAUCAUCGGCGGUCGCCACUGCUCCAUCUCCGGCAGCAACGCCUCCGACUUCUCUGCCCUCGGCGUUGGGUAAACCCGCUACUGAGAAGAAAUCGAAGAGAGCCACAUUGAUGCAGAUCCAGAAUGACACCAUUUCUGCUGCCAAAGCUGCUUUGAAUCCAGUCAAGACCAAUAUCAUGUCAACGAAGCAAAAGAAGAAGCCAGUUUCCUAUGCACAACUCGCGAGAAGUAUCCAUGAGCUAGCUGCCACUUCUGAUCAGAAAAAAUCUGUUCGGCAAUUAGUGCACCAUGUGUUUCCAAAACUUGCUGUGUAUAAUUCCGUGGACCCUUCGCUCGCUCCAUCUCUUCUUAUGCUAAAUCAACAAUGUGAAGAUAGAAAUGUCCUACGAUAUGUCUAUUAUUACCUGGCCAGAAUUUUGUCUGACACCGGUCCCCAAGGGUUGAGCACAGGUGGUGGGAUACCCACCCCUAAUUGGGAUGCUCUGGCUGACAUCGAUGCAGUUGGGGGUGUUACUCGAGCUGAUGUUGUGCCACGAAUAGUAGAGCAGCUUAGUGCUGCAGCUACAAAUGCUGAUGUAGACUUUCAUGCUCGAAGACUACAAUCCUUGAAGGCACUUACAUAUUCUCCUUCAACCAACUCUGAAAUUUUGUCCAGAUUGUAUGAAAUUGUAUUUGGGAUACUAGAGAAGGUUGGUGAUACUCCACAAAAGAAAAAGAAAGGCAUACUGGGCGCUAAAGGUGGUGAUAAAGAAUCUAUAAUUCGAAGCAAUUUGCAAUAUGCUGCCUUGAGUGCUCUGAGAAGACUCCCUCUUGAUCCUGGAAAUCCAGCAUUUCUGCAUUAUGGUGUACAAGGGAUAUCAUUUGCUGAUCCGGUUGCUGUGAGACAUGCACUGGAAAUUGUUUCUGAGAUAGCUGCUAGGGACCCCUAUGCUGUUGCAAUGGCCUUAGGAAAGCAUGUGCAGCCUGGAGGGGCCUUACAAGAUGUUCUCCAUUUGCAUGAUGUUCUUGCUAGAGUUUCUCUAGCGAGGCUGUGCUGUACAAUAUCGAGAGCUAAAGCUUUAGAUGAGAGGCCAGAUAUUAGAUCUCAGUUCAAUUCAGUUCUCUAUCAACUUCUGUUGGAUCCCAGUGAACGAGUCUGCUUUGAGGCAGUUUUGUGUAUACUUGGAAAAUAUGAUAACACUGAGAGGACUGAGGAGCGUGGUGCUGGGUGGUAUCGUUUGACUAGGGAGAUUCUCAAGUUGCCGGAGGCAUCAUCGAAGGAAAGUUCUAAAGAUAAAUCAAAGAAGAUAAAACGACCACAGCCUCUUAUAAAACUUGUAAUGAGAAGGUUAGAGAGUUCUUUCCGAAGCUUUUCUAGACCCGUGCUUCAUGCAGCAGCUAGAGUUGUUCAGGAAAUGGGGAAAAGUCGGGCCGCCGCUUUUGCUAUGGGCAUACAGGAUGUUGAUGAAGGAGCACAUGUCAAUACAUUUGCUGAGGAUACAGAUUUAAAUGAUUCAGAUGAAAGCACACAUCCUGAAAGCAUCCGAAGAACUUCUUCAGUAUCUAAUGGAACUGCUGGCAGAGAUACCAUUGCGGGUAUGUUGGCUUCAUUAAUGGAAGUGGUACGGACAACAGUUGCCUGUGAAUGUGUUUAUGUACGAGCUAUGGUGAUCAAGGCAUUAAUCUGGAUGCAAGGCCCAAUUGACUCAUUUGAUGAAUUAGAAUCUAUUAUUGCGUCAGAACUUUCUGAUCCAGCUUGGCCAGCAGCCCUAUUGAAUGAUGUACUACUCACUCUGCAUGCUCGGUUUAAGGCUUCUCCAGAUAUGGCUGUUACUCUUCUUGAAAUUGCUAGAAUAUUUGCUACUAAAGUUCCAGGAAAGGUUGAUGCUGAUGUGCUACAACUGCUUUGGAAGACUUGUCUUGUUGGAGCCGGUCCUGAUGGGAAACAUAAAGCUUUAGAAGCAGUGACAAUUGUUCUUGAUCUACCACCUCCACAACCAGGAUCAAUGCUUGGUCUUACUUCAGUGGACAGAGUUUCUGCAUCUGACCCGAAGUCUGCUCUUGCGCUGCAAAGACUGGUCCAAGCUGCUGUUUGGUUUCUUGGAGAGAAUGCAAAUUAUGCUGCUUCAGAGUAUGCUUGGGAAUCUGCAACCCCUCCUGGUACAGCAUUGAUGAUGUUAGAUGCUGAUAAAAUGGUAGCUGCUGCUAGUUCUCGUAAUCCUACUCUAGCUGGUGCCUUGACUAGGCUCCAGAGGUGUGCAUUCAGUGGCAGCUGGGAGAUUCGAAUUAUUGCUGCUCAGGCUCUUACAACUAUGGCAAUUAGAUCUGGUGAACCUUUCAGGUUACAGAUUUAUGAGUUUUUGCAUACUUUGGCUCAAGGUGGUCUGCAGUCACAGUUCUCAGAUAUGCAUCUUAGUAACGGAGAAGAUCAAGGAGCUAGUGGUACAGGCCUUGGAGUUUUAUUAAGUCCUAUGAUAAAGGUUUUGGAUGAGAUGUAUAGAGCACAAGAUGAAUUGAUAAAGGAAAUACGCAAUCAUGACAAUGCUAAGAAAGAAUGGACUGAUGAUGAGCUGAAGAAACUAUAUGAAACCCAUGAAAGGCUGCUAGACCUUGUUUCAUUGUUUUGUUAUGUUCCAAGAACAAAGUAUCUACCUUUGGGCCCAACAAGUGCCAAACUCAUUGACAUCUAUCGAACUCACCACAAUAUUAGUGCAUCAACUGGUUUGAGUGAUCCAGCUGUUGCCACCGGCAUAUCUGAACUUGUCUAUGAAUCCCAACCUCCCGCUGCUGAACCUGAUACACUUGAUGAUGACCUAGUAAAUGCCUGGGCGGCAAACCUUGGAGAUGAUGGUUUGUGGGGAAACAAUGCACCAGCAAUGAAUAGGGUCAAUGAAUUUCUGGCGGGCGCUGGAACAGAUGCCCCAGAAGUUGAUGAAGAGAAUAUUAUCUCUAGGCCUUCAGUUAGCUAUGAUGAUAUGUGGGCAAAAACACUUCUAGAAUCUUCAGAACUAGAGGAAGAUGAUGCAAAGUCAUUGGGAUCAUCAUCUCCCGAUUCAACAGGUUCAGUUGAAACUUCGAUAUCAUCCCAUUUUGGUGGAAUGAGCUACCCUUCACUGUUUAGUUCACGGCCAACCACAUAUGGAGCAACUACGGACAAGGCACAAACAAGCCGAGGUAGUGGUUCCUCUCUAUAUGAGGGUCCUGGUUCUCCGAUAAGAGAGGAGCCGCCAUCAUACUCAUCCUCUGUCACGCAAAGAUAUGAAUCAUUCGAGAACCCCCUGGCAGGGAGCGGAUCUCAAAGUUUUGGGUCUCAAGAUGAGGAACGAAUUUCAUCUGGAAAUCCACAAUUUGGAUCUGCACUUUAUGACUUCACAGCUGGAGGAGACGAUGAAUUGAGUUUAACCGCUGGAGAAGAGGUUGAGAUUGAGUACGAAGUAGAUGGCUGGUUUUAUGUUAAGAAGAAACGCCCUGGCAGGGAUGGCAAGAUGGCUGGGCUUGUCCCUGUUUUAUAUGUCAAUCAGGCCUGAAUUUUGUACGUAAAAAUCUCUUGUAACUUCCGAGUCAUAAUGCAAAUGGUUUUUGUUUUUCUUGUCUCCGGCAUUGUUUCCAUUCCAAGGUUCAGUCUGCUCGUGUCAUAUGCCAUCCCUAUGCUUCGCUCUGAAUUUUUUUUUAAUCAAUUUUUCAUGUAUUUAUCUUGUUCCCCUAUUUGUCAGGUUGUAUGCUAUCUAAGUGUCAUAGUCCUUGCUAUUUGAGAGUGUUUUAGCCAUUCAUCCUAGGGAUUUCAUUUUUGUAAAGAGUGCUACUGAAAGUACCAUUGAAUUUACUGGAAUUAGUAUAUUUGCUCUUAUAUAGGGAGUUUAACACAUCAGGUGUAAUGUAAGUUUCAAGUUUUCCAA